UGUUAGAUCCCCGCGCGCGGAGCCCGCUAGUGCGCCUGCGCAAGAUGAUAAAGAGUUAAAAACCGUACAAGGAGUAGUGACAAGAUUUUGCCAUGAUUAUGGGAUGAUAGAUGACUUGAUUUGCUUCACAAGUGAUGCUGUGAUGAGCGGUGUGCCACUGAACGUUGGACAGAAAGUCAUUGCUAUUGUUGAAGAAGAUAAAACAUCUAAUGGAUUGAAGGCGAUUAGGGUAGAAGCUGUCUCAGACAAAUGGGAAGACUAUAGCAGUCCUACUUACGACUCUUCUGAAUCAAAAACUAAAAUGUUAAUUGGCAAUAUUACAUCUCUUACUGAAGAUGGUGGCUAUAUUAAUAAGACAACUUCUUUCUCCAUGGCCCAGGUUUGUGAAGGCUUUGAACCUUGUAAAGGUGACUGGGUGCAAGCUGAAUAUUUUAUUAACCCAACAACAUGGAGCAGUGAAGCAGUUUCUGUUAAGCCACUGAGAUAUAAGCGAGUGGACAAAGUUCGUAUUUCCAGUGUUUGUGGAAGAAUUGGCGUAGUAGAUGACAGUAUAUUUUUCAUUCUGGAUUAUCUGAAACUUCCUGAUGGUUAUUCACCUCGUAGACAUGACCUGGUCAAUGUGGUGGUUGUGGAGAGUAACCAGUCAUGUUACAUUUGGAGAGCACUCUGCAUGGCUCCUUCAGACAAGAAUGGACUAUCUGCCACAAGUGAAAUGAACUUGGAUGAGUCAUAUGAAAAUUUAAUGAGAGACAAAGGAGGACUGGAGGUGUCAAGAAUGACUAAUUUUGGAACACUUAAGCUAGGGGAGAGUAAAAACAUGGUCAUUUGGAUAGAGAAUAAGGGAAAUGUACCACAUUCCUUAAUCAGUUGCAGACUAGCUGGCUGGGAAAAAGAGAAGCAGUUCAGCUUUCAGUUGCCCGAAAAAGGCCAGAAGACUCCAACGGCAUUUUUGUCAUCAUCUGUUCCUGUGAAACAAGAGAAUUUGUCAAAAGGGAGCAUCAAUUCACUCAGUGACAGUAGAGAACCUAUGUGCCAGCCAUUGAAUAAUACAUUUGUUACGAAUAAUGGAACCCCACUGGAUGGAAUUAAUCCUAAGGAUCCAGAUUUAGCAAGAGAGAAUGAAGAUCUUGGUAGCAGAGAAAAUGAAAAUCUGUGCAGUGGAGAAAAUGGACAAAAUGUGGAAGAACAAAACCCUGGCCACUGCAAAGAACUUCUGUUGCUUUGUUUUUCUGAUUUUAUUAUUGGACGUUACAUUGAAGUAACUGUAAUAAAUGAAGAGGAAUCUCUCAUAGCAGCCACUGAACCAUUUUCACUAAGAAAGCAUAAAGUUAUUCCGGAGUUAGAGCACAUGAAGACUACAGUGACUGUAACAGAACACAAAAGAAGUUGUAGAAGACAUCUUCCAAGUUUCCUACCACAGUAUCCCAUACCGGAUAGAUUAAGAAAAUGUGUGGAGCGGAAAUUGGACAUACUGACUUUUCAACCUCUACUUGCAGAGCGACUGAAUCUGUUUAACUAUAAAGCAAACCUUUCUACCCUGCUCUGGCUUGAAGAGAUCCAUGCUGAAAUGGAGAUCAAAGAAUUUAGCAUGAGUGGAGUUAUUUUGAAAAAGAAUGGAAACUUCUUGGUGCUGGAAGUGCCAGGGUUGGCAGAGGGAAGACCUUCCUUAUAUGCAGGCGACAAAGUGAUAUUAAAAAGUCAAGACUACUCUGAGCAUAUAAUAGAGUACAUUGCUUAUGUUACUGAGAUUCACGAUGAAGAUGCUACUCUGAGACUUAACCCAGAGUUUGAACAGGUUUACAACUUUGAACCCAUGGAUGUAGAAUUUACAUUGAAUAGGACUACCAGCAGGCGAUGCCAGUUUGCAGUUGAACAAGGCAUCUAUCUGGGUGAAAAAGUGUUAUUUCCAGAUACUCUGGUUUUACAAUCCCCACAAGUUGUCAAGACUUGGAAUAAUAUGGGAUGUCGUACUGUUGCUGCUGAUCAUGAACAGUAUACCAAGAAGAAAGACAUGUGCUCUUUUCAGAAAAAGAAAAUGCAAAAUGAGGAAACAAAAUGCAUGGUGCCAGUGAAGAGAAACAUAGUGGCUGUGCCUCGAAUGGUGACUGUUGGUACACAGACAAGUAAACUGAUCAAUGGAAUCAUGACACCUGAACAGAGAGACUGUGAAUUUUUCAAUCCUGUGCUGAAUGAGCAUCAGAAAUUAGCAGUGAAGAGGAUACUUAGUGGUGAAUGUCGUCCGACUCCUUAUGUUCUCUUCGGACCACCAGGAACUGGAAAAACUGUAACCAUGAUAGAAGCUAUCUUACAGGUACAUUAUACUUUACCAGACAGUCGAAUUUUGGUCUGUGCACCAUCCAACAGUGCAACGGAUUUAGUUUGCUUACGACUGCAUGAUAGUAACUUCCUAAAACCAGGAGUUAUGGUCAGAGUUAAUGCUAGCUGCAGGUGUGAAGAGACAAUCAGUGAUACAGUAAAACUUUACUGCAAAGAUGGUGAAGAUAUUUGGAAAGCAUCACGGUUCAGGAUAAUAAUUACCACAUGUAGCAGUGCAGGAAUGUUUUAUCAAAUCGGAGUAAGGCUUGGGCAUUUCACACACGUAUUUGUGGAUGAAGCAGGACAGGCAAGUGAACCAGAAUGCUUGAUUCCGCUUGGGUUGAUUUCAGAAGUUAAUGGACAGAUAGUUCUUGCUGGAGAUCCAAUGCAAUUAGGACCAGUAAUAAAAUCUACACUCGCAGUGGCUUAUGGAUUAAAUAUAUCCAUGCUGGAAAGACUAAUGUCACGAUCUCUGUAUCAGAGAAAUGAGGAUACGUUUGGUGCUUAUGGAUCGUACAAUCCUCUGUUGGUUACAAAGCUUUUGAAGAAUUACAGAUCACAUUCUACAUUGCUUGCGUUGCCAUCUAAACUCUUUUAUCAUAAAGAGCUGGAAGUUUGUGCAGACACUUCAGUAGUAACUUCUUUGUUGGGUUGGGAAAAAUUACCGAGGAAGGGGUUUCCACUAAUUUUUCAUGGCAUGAGGGGCACUGAAACACGUGAAGGACACAACCCCUCUUGGUUUAAUCCUACAGAAGCAGUUCAAGUAAUGCGUUAUUGUUGCCUUCUUGUGAAACACAUUAACAGUGCAGUGUCAGUGACUGAUAUUGGGGUGAUUACACCAUAUCGUAAACAGGUAGAAAAAAUUAGGUUUCUUCUGCGAAAUGUUGAUUUGAUGGAUAUUAAAGUUGGUUCUGUAGAGGAGUUUCAAGGGCAAGAGUACUUGGUGAUCAUCCUAUCGACAGUACGAUCAAAUGAGGGCUCAUUUGAUGAUGAUAGAUACUACUUGGGAUUCCUCUCUAAUGCAAAACGAUUUAAUGUGGCAAUUACCAGACCAAAGGCUUUGCUUAUUGUGAUGGGAAAUCCUCAUGUUCUUGUAAAAGAUCCCUGUUUCAGUGCUCUUUUGGAAUACAGCCUAGCAAAUGGAGUUUAUGUAGGUUGUGAUUUGCCUUCUGAAUUGAAAUCUCUGCAACAAUACGACUAGCUUCCAGUGCUCGGGGCAUGACCAGAAGACUUCUCCAUCUGAAAGUGAAUGUGUGAUAAGCAUUGGAUUCAAAACAGAAGCUCAGGACCUCUAGUUUCAGCGUUGUUUUCUAAGUAGUUUGUAUUCCUAAACUUAAGGGGAUUUUUUUAAUUUAACUAAAAACAACUUUAAGUUCAAAAUCCUG